CUCCUGUUCACAACACAGCACAAUAAAAAACAAUACGACUGCGAUCACAACCCCCCGGCCCGCUCUUAGCUUUCUCUCCUACCGAACCGAACGCCUAGCACACAUCGCAGACGCAAGCCCACGCGCUCUUCGCAAACGCGGUCAACAACCACCAUUGCGACCCGCUGCCCUUUUCCGACCUCGACAAGCUUGCCAUGACGCGCCGUAACUACCAGCGCAAAACGACGCCAUAGCUUCCGCGCACGCGCUACGGCAAUGAUCCCGUUCGCAAUCUGUUGAACUGCCGGGGCCUAGCUACGGAAUCAAUCGACGCGAUGGGGCUCACCGAUGGGGGCCAGGCGCCCGGAGCAGGACGCACAAGCGGAUCGCGAUCUGCUUCAAACGAGCUUCAUGUCAGGCACGAGGGGAGAAAGCCGCUGUUCGGGGGCAACAAGAGCAGCACUCUCAGGGACGACAGCAGCCGGGCCGGAGAGUCGCCGCGGUUGGCAUCAAGAUUUGCCGUCGGCCCUACCACGCGACAACCUCUCAAUGCCGAGCGACGCACCAACUCGGAGCCACAAACGUCGAGGGAACGGAGAGACAGCAAUAGCAAUGCCAGUGUCUCGUCUUCGGGCGGCACGCGCAUCCCACGACCGAGCAGCGCCACGUUCCGACAGCGGCGGCCGUUGUCGCUCUCCGAGGCGUUCAGACUGGCCGAGGACGAGGAAAGGGCCGCCCAGGGCGUCGAUGGCUCGCCCAGUCCCGCUCCGCGAACCUGGCGGGCUAAGAGCGGUCAGGACGAGGUGAAACAGAGGGAGCAACUCGGCCACGACCAUCUCGACACCAAAGCGCGAAGCAAACAGUCGGAGAAACCCACCAGUAGUCUCUAUUCGCGGGAGCGUUUUGAGGAACUCAAGAGUAGAGCUCGGCAGGGUCUCGGCGCUGCUACGGGCCCCGACUCUAGCGAUAGCCUCAACAUCCCCGCGCUGGUACCUGGCAUCGAGGAUGUGCCCAUUCGCUCCAUCGAGACCGAUGACAGGCCCGCGGGCCGGUCGCCGCUGAGGAGCGCCAAGAACCGGUCACCGCACAAGAGCUUUGGCUGGGGCGACUUCGAUGAAGACUUUACGGGAGGCGACUUGCAGAUAUCCGACAGCCCUAGGAUCAAAGUCGGAAGCAACAAGCCUUUUGCGCACCGCCCGUCGCUGAUCAGCAGCGAGGAGAAGCUCGCCAUCCGUUCACCCACACGCCUGACCCAGCCCGGCUCGCACAAUACCAAGCUGGACGAAAUUAGGGAUCGUGAGCGCGAGUUGACGAGCAAGGUGCUUGCUGAGGGCCCCCAGCCGAGACAGCGAAACUCUCAUUUGGACGAGAUCCGCGCACGCGAAAAGCUGGCGGAGCAGCAGAUACCCGUUCCAAACCGAAAUUUGCCGCGCCCAAAGAAUACCAAGCUCGACGACAUCCGCCAACGCGAGAAUGAAGGCCUUUCGCGAAAAGCUUGGGCCGCGGCGCGUCUCGAAGAAAUUCGAGAGCAAAAUUCCAUGUCACGCUCACUGUCGCCCGAGGAGGCAAGGCCACAGUCAAGCGGCGAGGUGCAGGCAAAGACACCGGGGAGAAUAGCCACCCGGUCCAAGUCGACAUACGAAGGAGGAGGCGAGAGGAUACCCGAUACGCCUGUCACCGUCUACAAGAACCAGCGCACCACGGGUCUGGUAGCCAGAGCCGAACCAUCCACGGCCGCGGGCGGAGGCCCUGCCACUGAGAACCCGGACAAGAACUCGGAUUCGUACGACUGGCUACGACGGCUGGCGCGGGCCACGAGCGAGAGCCCUCUUCCUGAAGCCGAAGGCAAGCAGAAAGCCGAACGGAAACCUGAGCAGCCGCGCAGUGAGCAAGACACGGCCGACGACAGGCUGCCGAAGCCGGUGCCCUCGAGGCGGCCUUCCAGCGACGAGCGCAAGCCAGCCUUGAGCACGACCACCAACGGCAGAAACGACAAUCCACGGCUGACGGUGGGCUUCGCCGGUAUUCCGCGAGAGCAGUCGAGCGACUCAGCUAAGAGCAAGAGGUCAAGCCUGCACUCGGACCAGGAUCCGACAGACAGAUACGACUCGGAGAUGAAACUGUUUGCUCCUCACGAUAACCACUCAGAGCGGGGCUCUGUCCGCGCGCCGUCGCCGCCGCCGGAAUCAGACGUCGAGGACAAGGUUACGGAGGCAACACCUAAGCCGCCGAGACCCGACCCAUUGACCAUGCCGACGCCCAAGGUCACGGGGGCCUACGUUGAAACUCCUGCUACCAUGAAGGUCGACAGGCUGCCGGAGGACGCCACGAUACCAAACGCGGCAGGCGGCAAAGUUCAGCCUCUCGCAAUUUUCGGGGAUAAAAAGGCGGGCAUCGCGCGGAGAAGCCAAGACUACGACUCGGCAUCCGACCCAGGUGUAGGCGACAAGAGGGACAGCGAAGCGACGACGACCAAGAGACGGCCCCGAUCCCGGUCGCUGCCGCGUCGCAGGCCGCCUCUCAAGAACUCAGCCAAGCCUCCGUCCGUACGCGACGACCUGCUCGAGUUGCAGCGGAUGCACAACAUUGACGAUUCAACCAUGGACGACCUAGAGGAUAUUUUGACGGGCCGCAAGGCGGCGUCCCCGAAGCUGGAGCAGAUCCUAAAGGAAAUUCCCCCGAGCGCGGACAAGCCCACAGUCAAGCGCGAGUCUACCGAGGAGGUAGCGCCACCAAGCAAGAAGGUCUCCUCCGACGAGGACGAAGCGGAGGGCGAGUCGGCGCUGUUUGAUCGCUUGACGCAGAGACUACGGACUGGACUCCUGGGCAUCCGCAGCGCGAAGAUGGGCAUCGAGCGGCUCGAGGAUCGGUUUACACAUGCCGAAAAGAGGUCCAGCUCUCCCGGCCCAGACGCAACGAAGACUCAGGCCGUCACACAACCCACCAAAGGCAACAUGUACACCAAGCCGGCAAAACACGAUGAGCAGUGCCCCGAUUGUCUGGCGAAACCAGGCCCUGAGGCAUCAUAUAUUCACCUCCCCAUCCCGCGCCUGUACACAACCACGCCACAAUUCCGCUUCACCUUGAUAGGACUUGUGCUGUUCAUUCUCUCGAUUUGGUACGCGGCCGAGUCGGCCAUGUGCGCUCGAUACUGCCGCCCAACGUCGUGCUCGCCUUCCAAGCCGUGCAUCUUCUCAUACGACGACCCCACAUUCGGCUCUGCCCUGCCAGUUAAGCUCGACCAGUGGACGACCGGGGGCCACGGACGGGAGUUGGUCGCGUGGGCGGCAGAGGAGUUGGGCGACUGGGCUGCCGACGUGGAGGAUGCGCUGCGGGGGCGACACAUCACCGACGUGCCGCUCCAAGGGAUGCCGACGGAGCAGAGGCGGCGGCACAGGCGGCGGCUGCUCAAGAAGGGUUUUCUCCGGCCACCACCGGAUCCGACGCCCGAGCAGCAGGCCACGUGGGACUCCUGGCGGCAGACGCGACUGGCUAGAGAGCGCGCAGAGGAGGCGCGCGAAAUGGGUUACGAGGUGGCCGCCGAUGAGUUCGAGUACGCCGCCGCCGUCGGGGACGACCAGCCCGCGUGGGACUGAGCGGCGACAUCUGCGGUGGAGAGGAUGGUGUCCAAUGACCCGACUCUGCCCUUGAAACUUCGACCAUACCCCUCACCUACUAUAGGCUACGACGGGCAGGUCGGUGUGUUCUCUUUGCGGCGGGCGUUUGUAUCGGGCACGGGAGAGGGUAUAGCUUGGCGGAGCGUGGAGCAUGGCCUGUAUCCAUAUUCGACUUUUCUACACUUGUGCUCCUCCUCUUUUGACACUUUGAAUCUGGGCGCUUCCGCCCCCAAAAAGUCUUAUGACAAUAAGACCAUGAGAUCCGGGAACGGGCAGCGAGGGGCGCACAUUGGUGAGGCUUUGGGGCGCACUGGCGUUUCUUUGUUUGUUCUCUCUCGCGGCGUCAUUUUUGUCCCUUUACAAACGGAGAGGCAGGCAAUGGAUGGAUGGAUGGACUUUUGCCGCUCGGUUGUUGAUGAUGUACCAAUACGUAGGGAGCCAUGGCAAAUGCAAAGCAGCGCAACGCAGUGGCGAAAAGCCAAGGCAGAACCGGAAACAAGAGCAGUAGAGGC